CCCUCCCCAACGCCCCCUCCUUCCUCCUUUAUUCACUCCGAUUUAAGCUACCGGCUUGUGCUACCCCGGUCGUACGUGUUUGGUCUUCUAGAUCUUUUCCGCGUGUCAGGAGUGUGUGUGUCCUGUUGACUCGGUCGCGCGACGUUCUGCGAAAACCAGCGGCCCUCGCUCAUUCCUUCCCUCCUCGCACCUGCGGCCGUCUACACAGCGCUACAGCUACCCAGUGCCCACACCUUCCAUCAUGACGACCGUCGUUACGGCAGGAACUCCCCUGGCGGAGAUGCUCGGCCACGUUAUUCCGCCCAAGCUGGUCGAGAUGGGUUGGAGCUCCGACGGUGGCGACGAUUCAGCCUUGACGGAGUACGUGAUUCUGAUGCUGGUCAACGGCAAAACCCAGGAGCAAAUCGCCGGGGAGCUCUCCAACGAUCUCCUUGGCCUCGGGGAAGGCGAUACGCAAGCCCUCGACUUCUCGAGGUGGCUCUUCGAACAAGUCGAGACUCUCAAUCAACAGAUCAACGGUGGCGGUGCCCCGGGAUUCAACGAGCCUGGUCCUGCCCAGGCAAUCCCUUCCUUUGCGGACCAGGACAGCGCCACUCCUCAGAUGUCGAGCUUUGAAAACAGUGCUCAAGAUACCGACAUGAGCAUGGGUGAUGGCACCCCCGCGGACGACUCGAUACCGACGGGCCCGAAGGCGAUGCGGAAUGGCCGUGGGGGUGGAAGGGGUAGAAUGCUCAACCACAUCAACAGAACAUUGGAUCGGGGGGACUCCGCGCUACAUCGGGUUCAUGGCCAGGCGGGCGGUGGCCGGAUCAACGCCCACGGUCGAGACCGCGGACGGGGACGCUUGCAUCAGAACGGGGGAGGUCGGAUGCCUGGUGGUCGCCAGAUGGGAGGAAUGGGAAUGGGCGGCAUGAUGAACAUGACCCAGUCCGAUCAAAUGCAACUCAUGUCUCUCCUCGAAGAUCAGGCGCGCUUGAUGGCACAAAUGAUGCCCGGAUUCGUCCCCCCCGCCAUUAAUCCGGCAUUCCAGCAAAACGGACCCCAACAAGGCCGCUCUCUGUUUGAUCGCGUCGAACGGCAGCAUGGAAACCGGCGUCGUGGCCCGCGUCAUAACCACCCCAACGAUCAGAUGAACGACACCGAUAUGGAUAUGAAACCUGACCAGACCGGCCGGGAAGGCGAACAGGAUGAGAGCAAUACCAACACUGUAUGCCACUUCAACCUUCGGUGUACCAGGAAAGAUUGCCCAUUUGCCCAUCAGUCGCCGGCAGCUCCCGACGGCACUCCCGUGGAUGUCGCCGACGUAUGUUCCUAUGGUGCCGCUUGCAAGAACCGAAAGUGCACGGGGCGCCACCCUUCCCCGGCCGUCAAGACAGCGCAUCAGGCAGAGGCGUUCUGUCGAUUCUUCCCCAACUGUGCCAACCCCCACUGCCACUUCAAACACCCCAGCAUGCCCCUCUGCCGCAAUGGUGCCGACUGUACUACGGAGGGCUGCAAGUUUACCCAUCUCCAAACACCGUGCAAGUUCAGGCCGUGCCUGAACCCGAGCUGUCCCUACAAGCAUGCGGAGGGCCAACGAGGCGCGUUCCCCGAUAAAGUGUGGACUGCCGAGGGCGAAGAGGGCCACCACAUGAGCGAAAGGAAGUUCGUUGCGGAGGAGGAUGGCACGGAGGAACUGAUCAAGCCUGACACGGCUGAGGACGGUUCUCAGAGCCAUGAGAUUGUGACAUAAUCCGUGGCACGGACAUUUCGCCGCUAAUUUUUCUGACGACUCCAUAUUUUACAAUUCCCCUAUGAGGCUUGAUUCAAUGUACUAUUUCGUGGGUGUGCAAAUGACGGGUGACUGGGAGGGCGUUUCAUUUGAUUAUCUUCUUCUGGUGGUUGGGAAUGACAGAAAGAAUCUCACGGUUAUGUGUAAAUAGAAUCUGAAUAUCGGAAGUUUAGCUAUGUUUU